AUGGCGGUGGAGAACUGCACUGUGUUUACUGAGUUCAUAUUCUUAGGACUUCCUAGUAGACGGGAAUUGCAACUUGGGCUUUUUGUAUUUUUUCUUUUUGUUUAUGGCACAACUGUGGUUGCCAAUGUUGGGAUGAUCCUGCUGAUCAAGAUGGACUCCAGACUUCACACUCCCAGGUACUAUUUCCUGAGCAACCUGUCCUUCUGUGAUUUCUGUUACUCCUCCUCUAUCUCUCCCAAGAUGCUGGCUGAUUUCUUAUCAGAAAAAAAGAGGAUCCCAUAUACUGUAUGUCCCAUUCAAAUGUACGUUUCGAGUGCCUUUGGUGAUACGGAAUGUCUUUUGUUGGCUGUCAUGGCAUAUGAUCGUUAUGUAGCUAUUUGCAAUCCACUUCUUUAUACAGUUGCCAUGUCCACAAGAUUCUGCACCCUGCUAGUUUUGCUCACCUAUUUUAUGGGCUUUCUAGAUUCUGCAGUCCACACAUGCUUAGCCUUUCGGUUGUCCUUCUGCAAUUCCAAUAUCAUCAACCACUUUUUCUGUGAAAUUCCUCCGUUACUCGCCCUCUCUACCUCAGAUACAUCCCUCAAUGAGAUUGUGCUAUUUAUUCUUGGUACUUUUAUUAUGUCCUGCAGCAUAUUCACUGUCUUCCUCUCUUACAUUUACAUCAUAGCUACCAUUCUUAGAAUGAAAUCAGCUGAAGGGAGACACAAAGCCUUUUCUACCUGUGCCUCUCACUUAUGCACAGUGGCUCUCUUCCAUGGCACACUUCUUUAUAUGUAUAUGAGACCCAGUUCCAGUUACUCCAUGGACAAUGAUAAAAUUACUUCUGUUUUCUACACAGUUAUCAUCCCUAUGUUAAACCCAUUAAUCUAUAGUUUAAGGAGUAAGGAUGUAAAAGGUGCCUUCAUAAAAGCAAUCAGUGCAAAAUUAUAA